AUGGAGUCUGUCUCCACUCGAUGUAUGAUCGACAUUGCUUGUGAUUUGUGUCGUGAUUGGAAAAAGUUCGGUUACGUAAAUGGCCUGUCAAAGGAAGUUGAGCAAAUUGAUCAAGAUUACAGGAAGAAUGUGUUUGAACAGUCAUACAGAAUUCUACAAGUUUGGAAGCAAAAAAAUGGAUCCAGGGCAAAUUAUCAAGAGCUGGGAAAAUCGUUUAGAUCAGGAACACUGUUACGUACUGAUUUAGCGGAAAAAUAUUGUGAAGGAAGAAACCAAAGCACCUCUAAAACAGGUAAUCGUUAGAUAUUUUACUCGUAAAUAAACGUCUGUCUGAUGAAUGUCCUCCAUGUACAUGAGGCGGAGCAUGAUGAAGAAUUAUUAUAUGUAACCGAUUGGAUAUUAACAUCCUCCUCAAUAUGCAUGCCCAGCCUCAUUCACGAUAAAAUUGUUAGUUAUAAUGAUUAUAACAAACAUUCUCUAAGAACCUGAAUCACAAUCUUCAACCAUCUACUGCUUAUUUUUAUUUUCAUAUUGAUUAUACUUCGAACUUAUUUACAAUACAUGGGACUUAUUCAGCUAAUAAUUGAAGUUUAUUUUGGUUCUUUCUUGUUUGUUUAUUCUUUAGGAUUUCUCAUAUGUUUCGUCUAUAAGUAUGUCUGAAAUGCCAUUCUUGUCUCAUAAACUAAUGUAAAAUUUUCUGUUGUCUUUUUUAUUAUUUUAAUUUGGUGAUAUCAGAAUUACAUUCCUGGAACUACAGUUGGAUGGCAGGACACUAAAUUGAGUGACCCCAAAGCCAAGUAGUUUUCACACAAACUAGGGCUGUGGGUGCAUUAAGUUGGUGGGUAGGAGGAGAUAAUAGUCACUUUUGGGAAAUGACCCUACACACUUUCAUUAUUUUUUUAUUACUGUUGCCUUUUUUCUGGGAAGUGUAGCCUGCAAGGCAGGUGCGAAAAAGGGGAGGAAAGGGGGAGAAAAGCAAGAAAGGGAAAGUGAAAGGGAAAGGGUGGCAGUCCUCUUUCCUUCCCUCCCCAAUCCUCUCUUUCUUUUUCCCUCCCUCCCUCCCCCUCUCCUUUUGAGGCCUCCUACACAGAUAUCAGAACUGUUCAUCUACUUUUGCUUUACAAUCUUAGAAAUCUUAGAGAAGGGUCAUUUGAGGACGGGGAAGGUGUCAGACACCGAUAUAGUGGCAAUUUCAAAUGAGCUUGGUGCUAAGUGGAUAUGGGUUGGACGCUUGCUUGGGCUGGAGGAUACUGACCUUGAUGAUAUUAAAGAAAAUAAUGGGAGUCUCUUUGAAUGUUCUCACACAAUGCUACGUUCCUGGACGCAGAGAAGUUCAUCUCAGCUGGCAACAUAUGAGUGGCUUGCCCAAGCAUUAAGCCACACAGCGGUAGGCAAGGGUUUAAUUACUCAAAAGUACUGCAUUCAAGAUAUCAGAGAGUCCCAAGGAGGUAUUACUGUGAACAGUUUGUGAUUAAAAUUAUGAGUGACAAAGGAGAUAAGCAUUAUUUAUAAGCACUUAUUAGUGUAAAUGCGAUUUAGGAGAAAGCAGAUAAAAAUAGAUGAAAGUUCUUAGGUCAUCUCUAACCUCGUUCACCUGUCCCUACAGAGCGCACAAGCAAGAGAUGGGAAGUGUAGAGAACCCUGGGAACAAGCUUGAGGUCAUUCUCACUAGUACAUUUGUAACAGAAAUAAAGCCAUGAAAGGGGUGGGUUGGGACAAACCAUACAAACUAAUGCAAAACAAAAGGACAAGUUCUAAUAACAAACAAUCAACUGGUCAUCGGGCAGAUAUCUUAAUUAAAUCAAGGUGACCUUGGUUGUGCACCUGCCUCUCUUCUUUGCAGAGGGCAUGUGUCACAAGCAGUGCAGCAUGAGCCUCUGCAGAGGAGAAGGUGAGGUUACCAGAUAGGUCAUGCAAUACUGGUCAUUCUGAUAAGUGAAUGCCCAAGUUUGAGAGCAACUCAUUGGACCUUAUAAACAUGGCUGCUUUUAUCUAAGGUACCCCACGCCCGUGGACUGCCAUUAACUUUUACUGAGUACUUCACGAGAAGAUUUUAAUGGCAGUCAAUCCUCCAUAUUGUGAGAAGCAAAAAGGUGCACAGACGGGUGGAUAACAGAUAGCAGUUUCUUUUACUUUCCCUUGCAACUUUUAAUACCACUAACAGGUCAAUUAUCACAGUCCAGUUCGCGUUUACCCUUGUUAAGAUUAUACGUUCUGUGUUAAUGUUAGGUGCAUCUGUUCCUCUUGGGGGAGAAGACAUUCAGCAACUUAAUGAAAAAAUGGAGACAUUACAAGUCUGCAAUCCAACAGAAAGUGCAAGUAAGCUUGAUGAUGAUGGAGUAAGGAGUGUUGAAAACAUGAAUGACAGCGCAAUAGGUUUGUAAGUGUUUUCUUCAUCAUUUGUCUUUUCCUUGUAAUUUAAGUGUGUAUUUGAGGGAGAAGGAAAUUUUUGGCAGGUUGAUAACAUUUUGCCUUAUUCUGUUCCAUGCAUUUUAACACACCAAUAAAUGUCACAAACAAGACUCCCAUAGAGGGGGUUCAUUGGGCUGCUGACUGCACAAUGCAGUGGUUCAAUAAUAAUAAUAAUAAUAACCUUUAUUUUAAGAGGCUGAUACCAAUUACUAUAAAAAGUACCGUAAAAUUCCGAAAAUAAGCCCCUCCAAAUAUAAGCCCCCCAAUCCAGUAACGCAAAAAACCCUCCGAUAAUUCGCCCCUCCAAAUAUAAGCCCCCCGGGGGCUUGUACUUGGAAAAUUGCCCUCAAAUAUAAAGCAAAACAAAGCAAAAACGGUAAAUUUACUUCCAACUAUAAGGCUAGCCCAAUCGAAGCCCCCUCCGAAUAUAAGCCCGUCCAAAAAUAAGCCCCUCAAAAAGGGCCUUUGAAAAAUAUAAGCCCUGGGGCUUGUUUUGGGAAUUAUAAUAAAAGGUUCUUAAAAAUUCUAGGGAUUUAAAAAAUUGAGAGAUGUAAAAACGAAAGUGAAUACAUUGGUAAAAAAGGGAAUCCAAUCUACAAUGAUGUUAAAAAAAAGCACGGAUUUUUAAAAAUCAGAAUAACUUUUAAUAUUUUGGGAAGUAUAAAUUAGGGACAUUUCCACAACAAAUCCCCUUUCCCCCGUAUCUCCCUUCUGCCCAAAUAUUGCAUGACAGUAUGACGUGACUAGCUUGAUCUGUGUUCCUGGCCAAAUACAGAAGAUCACAUAUUCAGCAAGCAAACCCUCAAGUUAAAAAAAUUAAUGUGAAUGUUGUUAAGACUGGCACCAAUUUUUAUAACAAAUUUACCUACUACAAAUUUUGAUUUAAUCACUGUUUUCGUGAGGGUAGCCUUACAAAUUGCAAAAAAAAGCUCAGCAUUUUGUUUUACCCUGAUGCAUAUACUUUGAUGCUUUUAAAAAUCGUGCAUGUCUCCUAGAGGUCCUUCUUCUACUUCUUAUCAUCAUCAUCAUCAUUAUUAUGCUCACCAGGUUCAAGAAACCCUCUACCGGUGCCAGAUGAUUGCAUACGAAAGAAAUUUAUUUCCAAUCUACCCUAUAAGGUUUUGGGAGCCUUGGUUGUCAAGCUAGACCCCCCACGCGAAUUAGGAGGAGACUUCAAAGAUCUUGCUGACGAAAUGGGAUUUAAUAUGGAUGAGAUAUUGUAUUUUAAAUCACUGAAGAAUCCCACAGAAACUAUUCUAAAUCGUUGUUCCUCACGUUCUAUAGAAUAUCUUUGUAAAAAGCUGAACGUGAUCGGACGAGCAGAUGCUAGGUUGGUGAUUGACGGAUGGAUCAAGGCACAAGUUUGUAAAUGUACAUUGUGCGUAACCAUGAGUUAA